AACAAAACGAUAAGAUAAAACAUUUGUAUGAUGUACCCACAUAACGCAUCACAUAGCCGAAUUCUCUCAUUGUUCGAUACAGUUGAGUAUUUUUUUGCGGUGGAAACCCAAUUUUUCGAAUUUAGCCCCUGGAAAAACGUGAGAACCGUGGCUUUUCAGCAUCAAAAAGUCGACGAAAAAGUGUCGUUUUUGGGUCCGAAAUGUAGUAAGUGCGUAUAGGGUUUAAUAUGAAUAAGAACGUUACCAUUUCUGACCUGAAUGUGGAGAUCCAAGGAAAGGGAAAUGGUAUUAAACAGCAUCUCCUUGCCAAGGUCGGCAUCGGGAUUAUCGAAUUUUUUCUUGCCUCGAUUGUCUACUGCUAUGGAAUCAUCCUCUCAGAAUACGUUUUUUUGGGAGUGCACGAGUACAGAGAGGGAAUUUGGUCCUCCAUCUUGUACAUUUGCUGUUGGAGUUUCACGGAUCCAUUCUCAAGAUUCCUCUCCGAUUACUUCGAAGACCGCAAAAGCAUAUUUUUUCGCUAUCUGAUUGGAAUCAGUGCGGUUCUCCUGUUUAUGGCCACAAUGGUACCCGAUGCCAUCCUAACUUACAUGAUUUUUGGAGCCAUCAUUUCUAAUCUUGUAUCGACUCAACUCAGCUACUUUGCUGUGGACAAGCUGGACAUGGACCCGAAGGUCCUCGAAGUCAUCCGGCAGGUUUCCAGGGCGCUCAGCUUAUUCAUCAUGCCCCAGUUCGUCUGGUGGUUGAUCACGAUCUUCAGCGUUAACCAAGCCAAGCUGGUGUUUGCCUCAGUUCUACUUAACAUUGUGCCGGCUGCUUUGCUCAUUCCUCUAGAUGAUCAAUGGAAGAACCGGCCUGAAAAAUGCGAUAUGACCCGAUACCAGACUAUUGGUCGCGUUCGUCCAUCCUACGAGUUGAAUGAAAUUAAAAAAACCGUCGAAGACGAUCCGGAGGGUGUAGCUGAGUCCAGCUCAACGUCAAGCUCGCAAUCCUGCCACGACAGCGACGAUGAGCCUGCUGUAGCUGAGCGAGCCCCUGCAUACCUCCCAGUAGCCACAACGUCUACAGAGCCGCAAUAUAACAAUCAGCAUUUUGUAGAAGAGGUUUUCGAUCAAGGGUUCUACAACUACGGGACUGCUGAACAUACUGCCGAUGAUGUUACAGCGCCCGGCUCCCAUUUGAGCCACGCCACUGUGCAGUCCUAUUACAUGAAUAUGGGGAUAAAUAUUCUACCAGGUAUUCCCGAAGAAAAUGAAGACGAAGAUCAGGAGGACCUCAAUUACAUUGACCCGAAGCGCCUGAGCGUCAUUAGCAGCAAGCUGGAAGAGCUCAACUUGGACCAGAUUCGUCGGGACAGUAUCAGAGAAGUGUUCACGAUCAAUGAGCUACUGAACGAGCACAGGCCGGAGCCGAUCAACACUAUCGAGUACAUCUCCAACUUCAAAGAAACGAAAAACCGAGUCUCGGUUAUGGACGAACUGAAGAAUUUCCAGAAGUCUCGCCACUGCUUCCACUGCAAUCCAUAUCGGAAGUACGUCUGGACCAGACGCUUGCGAACAAUCAAGGACUUCUUCUACGACAACAUCAUCCGGCCGAUCUACUACGGGAUCAAAAACAUCUACUUCUACCCAUCGCUAACCACCAAAGUAGUAACUAGCACCGUGUCGACUCUCUAUAUCACUUUGGCUCCAUUCAUGGCAAUGGAAAAGUCUUGGAAGCAAAGCCUGGUGUUUAGCACGGAAAAUGUCACUUUCCUUCUCACCUAUGUGGCAUUCGCUUGGUGCUUUUUCCUGGUGACUUUACCGCUGGUUCUGAAGCUCAGCCAUGAGAAGAUGCGACUUGUCUUCGUAUUGGGGCUGAUUGUCAAUGGAACCAGUCUAUGGAUUCUAUCUCAAGAUAUCACAAACGAUGUCAUCACCAUCAGCAGUCUCCUGUUUGGUUUCGGUUACGGAAUAAUCACAUUUACCGAGAAAAUCGUCUACAAAAGCUCGAUGGGAAUGCGGCCUUGGCACUUGGUCAGAGGACCUUUGGAAAUUCUGUCCGGCCUUUCAGUACUGUUAAUUUAUUAUUUGAUUUACUUUUAUAGACUGGAACUGAGCUUUUUGUUAUUUAUGGCGUCGCUUUCGUAUUAUGCGAAUGCAGGACUGUGGCUUUGUUUGCCGUUUUUCAAGUAUUUUACCAAGGCGAUCAAACGUGUGAUUUUCGAUCAUCGAAGUCAGCACCAAGGCUUUUUCUAACUGGAAAUAUAUGUGAUAUUUUUUUGCGGCGUCUUA